CGAAAAUGGCAGACGAUCUUUACGAGAAUCCUUCUCAUUUACAAGUCACUCAAAGUUCUCCAACAACGGCAUUAGCACCAACAACUGGUGACACGUCGUACAACUCGAGUGUUUACUUGAUGUCUCUGGUUGACAAACAAAUGGAACAACUUACUGAAAAGGAUAAAAUUAUUCAAACAAAGGACGAGGAAAUUAAAAAUAAAAACGCGAUCAUCGCACAGAAAGACGAAGAGAUUGCUCGUCUUAAAAGUCGCAACAUUAAGUUGGAAAUGGCUGCAAGCACUUCACGUGCUGUCUGGAAUGAAAUUUUGCCAUCUACAUCAAAAGGGACAUCUAAAGAUGCUGGAAAAGCUGAUGAUGGCAAGGGAAAACCGGAUGUGACGAUUAAGAAAGAUGAGCCAAAGAAGAAAUCUGAUCCUGAGGCAAAGAAGAAGGGGCAAAAAUAAGAAUAUUUUUUGAGGAAAAAUUUAUGGAGGAAGAAUAAAAAGAAUUAUUUAUUUUGAGCAAAAUAUUAUUGCUUUUUUUUGUUUAUUUGGUGAGUAAAAUUUUUGUUGAAAUCAAAGAUUUUACUAAUAGAUCGAUUUUUAUCGAUAUUUAUUUUUGAAAAAACUUAAUUUCUCCAUUUACUACAACGAAAUAAUAUAUUUUUCGACCCAACCCCUUAUGUUAACAACAUUUCCAACCUCUACAUCAGCAAAACUAUCGAAGGCAGCCUGAUCAUCUUAUUAGAACUGCUACGACAUCAAAAAUUUUAUAGGAGCAGGAAUGCUUCCUUUUUAGAUUCAAUCAACUCAAUAAUCUUUAAACAAAAAUUUAUUUUCAAUAAUGUAUUGUCUUCAAUG